AUGGGGCAGACUCCAUGGAAAGAUGCUUCCCUUCCUCAAGGUAUGCACUCAGCGGGGAGACCUCACUGUCAAGUUCAGAGUUACGCUGCAGACUGCACAGCACCUCGCCUGCUUCUAGGGCCUGCUCCGGUCAGCCCAGGACCCACCACAGCAGGACCCCCCAUCCUGUGCUCACCCAGGGCUUGUCCAUGGCACUGGAAACUCCUUCCUGUUCCUGAUCCCCCUCUGGGCGAGGGGUGGGCAGGGACAUGUGGCUCGUGCCGAGGUCUAAUACUGUGUUCCCAGCAUGGAAGCAGGUGGGGACACUUCCUGUGGCAUGCAGGAUUCCGUGUAGAAAGCUGUGACUGUCACCCCUCCUCCCCACUCAGUUUUGUUAGUGGACCUUUCCCUGGCCCUUCUCUCCUUGGCCCCCUCUUGGCAGGAGAGAGGAGGAGAGGAUCUCACUUUCCCCCUGUACCAGCCACACCCUCGGUCUGCGGGGUUCCCAGCAGCUGGCCAGGGAUGCUCCACACCUGGAGGUCAAGUAACCGUCCCCUCACUCUGGGCAUCGGUGCCCUCUCUGGGGUUGGAACAGGAAAGAAAGCCAAGGCCUGUAUGUGGGACUUGAGUUGAGACUCAAUUCUGUAGAGUCAGGGGUGAGGAGGAGCCAGGCCUCCUGUGUGCUCUCCCUACCCCAGAGCCAGGUGCCCAGUUCCAUGGGUCCUGAUGGACAGAAGGGAAGAACAGGGGGGCUGCUGCACCGUGGGUGGUAAUGCAGUGGGAGCCACCUCCAGCUGAAUGCCCAGGGACUCCUGGGGCUGCUGGCCCUGGGUCCCAGCAGUGGGUCCUGUUUCUUCUUUACUCUCGGAAUGCAGGAUCUGCCACACCAAAACGUCCCCUCCACAUUUGGUGAAAUAGGAAGCUCCAUGGCAUGUCUCCAUCUUUCAAGGUGACUGAGAGGUUUAUUUUCAUAGGAGCCUCAGUGGCCUUGUCCGUACCCACCUCUGCACGUGGUUGCAGAAAGUGAAGGAUUGUCAGGGAGCAGGGCAGACAUUUGGUUUAUCUGUGUCAUUGGUCAAAGUUUUGUUUUUCCUCCAGAAGAAAAAGGCUUGUGAACGUGCCACCGUAUUCUUCAUUCCUUCUUUUGGAAAUGUAUGAAGAACGGGUGGCAUUUUGGAGUUAUUGGCCUGUGAACAGCUGGCCCAGAGGAAGGGUUAGAUGUGGGUGGGUGUGGCCGCCUCUGCCCCUCCCCAGUGCAGGUGUGUGUGGGCAGCCCAGGCAGGCGCUCAGGAAGGGUGAGGUGGAGCCCUGCACGCUCUGAGCACAAAGUCCUGGGAUCCCUUAAACCCAAGCACUGCCUUGACAGCAGCCAGCAUGGCUGAUAGAAGAGACACAGAAGUCCAGCUGAUGCCAGACAGAGGGCGUCACUAGAGAGCCGUGCUAGGUGGGGGUCAUUCAAGUUGUCCUGGUGUAUGCAGACGUUGCUUCUAGAGAGUCAGAAGCUCUAUAUGCGUAGUGUUGGAGCAGAAUUUCGGGAUAGUGAUGGCAAGCCUCCUCCCAAGCCAGCUGGGGAGUAUGGGGAGGGGGUGGCCGGAGGAACCUGGCAUCCCCGGGUUAGGACCACAGAGGUGGCUCUGCCUGCAGCUGGGCCUCUGCCUCAUCCUGACUCCCCCUGCUUUGGCCAUGGCUCUUCUUGUCCUUCCUCUUCUCAGUGCAGGAGGACCCUGAAUCCAAUGCCUCAUGCUGGUUUGCAUUUUACCCUCGGAUGAAGCUUGUGGCGAACCCCAGGACUCUGUGUCUCCUGAGUCUCUGCAGACCUCGGGUCCUGGACCCAGAGACUCUUCUCCCUGGGACAGGAGGCACUGGGGUGGGUGGACAGGGGUGGCCUGGGGCACAGUAGCUGACGGGGGGACUUCCUAGCUUUCUGGGCCUUUCCAACUCUGAGUGUGACCUUCCUAUUCUUGAUCACAGCCCCCAACUUCAGAGCCUGCUAGAGCCUGCAGAAUGCGGCUUCAUCCUCUUCCUCUGUGAGAAAAGGCAGGGCCUGGCAGUCCCGCCAAUCUUGUAUAUUUGCUCCCCACCUCGGUGGUGAAUACAUUCUUGGGUGGUGAAUAGGUUCUCUCCUUGCCUUCACUCUAGAAAAGUCCCCUGUUUUGUGAUGUAGGAUGUGGUCAAUGACUGACUCGUCCCUUUGGACCAUAGACGCAGCUCUGAUUUCUGGUGUUCCUGGGCUCUGCACACAGCAGGAACCACUCUGGGCUUUGAUGAAUGUAUCUUCUUGCUCACUUUCUUCUUGUUGGCUCUUCUCCCUGCGUCUUCUGCCACUGCCCUGUUCUGGGUGGGAGGCUGUCACUCUGUGGUGGGGGGUCCCCUCUCCUGCCUCCCCUCUUUGGUCCUUUUCUGUGAGGGUCUGCUGGGGUCCUGUGUGUCGUGCAUUGUUGAUAGAUUCCUGUCGUGCUUGCUGUCCUCCCCAUUCUAAGGGACCUCUGAUUGCCUGUGAGCAGUUUACAGGGGCCUCUCCUGGCCCCUUCACCCGAGGAAUUCCCGCAACGCGUGAGUUUGUGAGGGGCGGAUCCUGGGAGGAUGUGAUGUCAGGUGAGAAGGGAGGGGGCCCGUCCUAGUCCGGUGGACUCCUCUAACAAAGUGCAUUAGCCUGGGGAGUUACUGACGCCUGAAAUAUGUCAUCAAAGUUCUGAAGGCUGAGAAGUCCAAGAUCAAGAUGCCUGAGGAUUCAGUGCCUGGUGAGGACCCAUUCCUUAGGGCAGUGCCUCUAGCUGUGUCCUCAUGUGGCCGAAGGGGACAAGGGAGGUCGCUGGAGCCUGCUUGAUGAGAGCACUACCUUCCUUCAGGAGGGGAUUAUUCAGAAAGUCUGUCUGGUUUCAGGGCAUUCCCAAAGGCCCCACCUGUUCAUUCUACCCCAUUGGGAAUUAGGCUUCAACAUACAAAUUUGGGAGACACUGACAUUUAGGCCAUAGCGCGUCAAAGGCAAAGUGAGGCUGAGUGUGGAAACCAUCCCAGAAUCUGGAUGUGGCCCAGGCAGAAGGAAACUCAAAGUGAUGGGGUGACCGAUGGUCCCUGGUCUGUGCAGGACUCAGCAGUGCGGAUGGCCCUGGGCACGGUGGCAGUGGCUGUUGGAGGAUGAUAGGGAACAUGUUGGUGGGGGGAGGGUGGAGCCCACUAUGAGUGGCAACUCCCUGGGGGCACAGGAAGCAAAGCUAGAGGUGGCUCCCCUCUCCCCUCCCUGCACACAGUGCCACCUCUGUGGUGGCCCUGUCGUCCGCCUCAGUUCACAGGUGUUGCUGUAACAACUCCUGAAAUUACCUUCAAAAGGAGGCUCGUGCAGGUGCCUGCAGGAGCCAGGAGGCCGAAGUGCAUCCUGAGUGUCCGGGGACAGGCCAGCCUGGUGGGGUCCACGGCCCCACAGUCCCAACGACUGCCUCAGAAAUGGGCAGAGAGCAUGCCUGGUUCUAGCUGGCAAGGCCCACAUCUCAGAGCUGUGGACAGUCAUGAAGGGUCCGUGAGCAUGGAGAGGGGGCAAAAAUGACCCAUGAACCUCAGGCCACUGUGCUGCCAUCCAGCCAAGUGCGGUACCAGCCCUUCGGGCCUCGAGAUCCUCUACCCUUCUCUGGGCCUUGCUGAUUUCCUCCUCCAGCCCCUCUGUUUGUGUACGCACAUACACACAGGCACGCACGCACACGCACACCCAGUGCAAUUUCUCUCUGCUCCCUGUACUCCCCAAAAUUCAAUGGGUUCCUCUUUCCUCCUCAGAGAUACAGUCCUGGGCCCCAUCUCAGCCUGCAGAGGCCUGAAGGUUUCCCAGGAUUGUCUUCUAAUUCUCAGGUCCUGCUUUAAAACAAAACCUAAACUAAAACUAAAAUGCUUUCUGAAAAGAAUAAUACACCAACAUAAAGUCCGGGUAUCCUAAGCAUGUGGUGUGUAUGGUGUCUGAAAUUGAAUAUGCUGUGAAACCGCCUGUGUCGAAACGCAGUGUUUCCCAAGACCUGGAGGCUCUCUCUCUCCAGUUGCUGAUUGUGAUCACCUCUCCCGAUCACUGCUGAGCCCUGCAGGUCACCUUCUCCUGACCUAUUACACCACUGAUUGCUUAUGCUGGGCACAAUUUUAUACCCUUGCUGUUGUUCAGUCUAAUCAUCCCUAUAACCCUAUCGGAUCAUUCCCAUAUGACAGAGGAGAAAACUUGGGGACACAGGGGCUGUGUCCUGGCCAAGGCCUUGCUUGCAGCAAAAGGCAGAGCUGGGGUCUAGCCAGGAGCCCCAGCACAGUCCUGUUCUUCCACCACUAAACUGAGCUGUGAAAUAGAUCAUGGCGGUCUGGAAAACGAGCUAACUCCGUGCCGAUGGAGGUGUUGAUGGAUGUCCACCACUCUCCACUUGGGAGGAAGCCUUAACAUCCCCCGCAGGUCUAGCUUCUCUCUGUGGCUGAGUACCUUGGGAAAGUGGGCUCAGAGGAGGAAAGGGACUUACUUGCCCAAGGGCCACAGCUGCCAAGUGGCAGGUAAGGGACCGUUAUUCUCCUGUCCCUUUCACAGAGGACAGGAGGAAAGUGAGGACAGGCGGGGUACAUGAGUUUAGCCUCUUUUCUGCAGCAGGCCCAGAUCAGCUUUGCACACGGUUGGUGCUGACCUCAAAUGCAGCCCUAGAGGGGCCUGUCUCUGCCCUGAGUAUUGAGGUGCAGGCUUCUUCCCCUUUGUUCUGUCCAUUUCCAAAAAUGUGAACACACACCUCCUACAUGUUUAUAUUAUUGUGUGCAUAGAUACUACCAUUGUAACAUUUUUUGCAGAUUAAAAAUGCACUAUUGUAUUGAAAAUUUCAAAGGAAAUGUGUAAUAAAACAUUUAAAAUUAA